AUGCAACACCACUUAAUGGAGCAAGAUAGGGAAAAGUCACCAGAGGAGUCUAACCUCAGCAUGGCCAGCCCUGAGUCCACAGAGGAGAGCCUGAAAAUAUACUGGCCAGAGCCCCGAAAAGCCAAGAAGUCACCUCUGCAGCCAGGGCCGGCCAUUCCCUACAAGGAGGACCUGAUCUUCGCCGCCGGGGCGGGCAGCAAGCUGAGCUUCAGCAGCUCCCUCACGUCCGACACGUCCUCUGAGUACCAGUCCUACUCCCAGUACCAGUCCUGCUUCUCCUCCAGCUACAGCGACGAGGACUGCCCGCAGCAGAGCGUGUUCGCCUUCUACACCCACGUGCGGACCGUGAGGGGCGUGGCCGUGGCCUGGGAGACCGAGGACGGCUUCCAGCCGGUGGGCGAGAAGCCCCGCAUCCGGGAGGCCGAGUUCAUUAGGAGGCAGCGGAGGAAAGGCUCCUCCUUCGAGAUGGCAUCCAACACCGACCUGCACUGGGAUUUGGAGGACAGCAAGAACAACAGCUGCACCGACACGGACUCGGACGACGCGGAUCUGCUGGAUUCCUUAGAGUUCUGCCUGCAGGAGGUGCGGGAGCCCCCGGACUGGCUGGUCACCACCGACUACGGGCUUCGCUGCGUGGCCUGCUGCCGCGUCUUCCCCAGCCUCGAGGCGCUGCUGCAGCACGCCCAGUACGGAAUCCAGGAGGGCUUCAGCUGCCAGAUCUUCUUUGAGGAGAUGCUGGAGAGACGGCUGGCCCAGAGUGAAGAGCAGGAUGGCAAUUCAAGCAUGCAGCAAACUGCUUGCAGCGGGAUCCGCUCGGAGGCAGGACCACUUUUACAGAAGCCACCCACACACCUAGAUACAGAGAUCCUCCGGGAUGCUAAGCCCUCAGGUGUAGAACCUUCAGGAAAAGACACUCUCCGGUGUGCCCUGCCUCCAGUUCAUUCAGGGAGCUUUGACAGGUAG